UGUCGGUGGCGGAGAGGCCGGAGCGUCGGGUCAGAGGCGCAGAGGCUGCAGCGGCCAGGAGCGACCCCCGCCCCCUCCCCGCUCGCUCUGCCAGGUGCAGGAUCAGAUUCAGGCCAUAGAGACGAGGCUGUCACGGAUGGCGGGGAAGUCUCCGAGAAGAGGAGGUUGCUGUUUACUGAUGAAUGGAGUGUUUCGAAAGCGGUGAAGCCAGGUCAUCCCUUUCUUCUUUUAAAGUGUCAUGUGAUUCUCGGAGGGAGCUGCUGUGUGAGUGGAAAUGCUCUCAGUGGUGGAGAAUGGACUGGACCCCCGGGCUGCCAUCCCGGUCAUCAAGAAGAAGCUAGUGGGAUCCGUGAAGGCGUUACAGAAGCAAUAAGUGUCCUCGGACACAGUGGUCACUAGCGAGGAUGGAGAUGCCAACACCAUGCGCAGUGCCCUUGAGGCCGUAUUUAUCCACGGCCUGCUGGCCAAGCACAUCCGAGCUGAGACUGGAGGGAAAAGGAAGAAAAGCGCCCACCAGAAGCCUCUUCCUCAGCCUGUCUUCUGGCCCCUCCUGAAAGCUGUCACCCACAAACACAUCAUCUCAGAAUUGGAGCACCUGAUCUUCGUGAGCACAGACGUGGGCCGCUGCCGGGCCUGGCUGAGACUGGCCCUCAACGAUGGCCUGAUGGAGUGCUACCUGAAGCUGCUCCUCCAGGAGCCAGCCCGCCUGUGCGAGUACUAUCAACCCACAGCCCUGCUUCGAGAUGCCGAGGAGGGGGAGUUCCUCCUCAGCUUCCUGCAGGGACUGACAUCCUUAUCAUUUGAGCUCUCCUACAAGUCUGCCAUCUUGAACGAGUGGACACUUACCCCACUGGCUCUCUCUGGGCUGUGCCCACUCUCUGAGCUUGACCCCCUCACUGCCUCCGGGACAGAACUACAGCGGAAAGAGUCUCUGGAUUCAAUUUCCCAUUCCUCAGGCUCAGAGGACAUCGAAGUCCAGCACUCGGGCCAUAAGAUCCGACGGAAUAGGAAGCUCACUGCCUCCUCCCUCAGCCUGGACACGGCCAGUUCGUCCCAGAUGUCUUGCAGCCUGAAUUCUGAUAGCUGUCUGCUCCAAGAGAAUGGCUCCAAGAGCCCAGACCCAGACCGUUCUGAGGAGCCCAUGUCCUACGACUCAGACCUGGGGACAACAAAUGCCGAUGAUUCAGACCCGUCUCUGCAAGAGGUGUUGUCGGAAUUCACCAAAGCCCGGGUAAACUCUGUGCCAACCAACGGACUAAGCGGAGAAGUGGAGAUUCCCACAGGACAAGCCUCGCUGCCCCUCCCCAGCCUGGAAACCAGCAUCCCGUUUGAUGUACCCGCAGAGCCCCUUCUGGCCCAGGCAUCCCCUGAGAUCCAAGAUGGGUACCACAAGCAGGAGCCGCCUGUGCAGGCACCUGACACCCUCGGCUUGCAGCAGUUGGGCCCUGCCCAAGCUGUCCCUUCAGGAAGCGCUUCGGACCAGCAGUCUUUCAGAAGUGUGAGAGAGGUGGCCAGAGCAGUGCGCCAGGGGAAUGGCCAGCAGGAGCCCCCGGAGAAUGACGGAUCUAUAUGGAGCCUUGGAGUGUCCUCACCCACCAGUCCAAAAAACAAGAGCUGGAUCUCAGAGGAUGAUUUCUACAGGCCUCCCCAAGAGCCUCCCACAGAGAGCCCCUCAGAGCGCUCUGUGGCUCCUUUCGGAGGGUCACCCGAGUCAAGGCCUAGUCUCCUCAGGCGUUGUUCCCAAGGACCGAGGAAAAGCUUCUCCACAGGAUCCUUAGACAAAGCCUGUGUGCCUUCCCCAGGAAGCAGGAGAAGCAAGGCGGCCACUGCACAGGAGCAUAAGAACUUCAGGGUUGUGCACCGCCGGCAGAUGGGGCUGUCCAACCCAUUCCGGGGUCUCAUGAAGCUGGGCACCGUGGAGCGGCGAGGGGCGAUGGGCAUUUGGAAGGAGCUCUUCUGCGAGCUCUCCCCUCUGGAGUUCCGCCUCUACCUGAACACUGAGGAGCGCACCUGCGUGGAGAACUGCUCACUGCUGCGCUGUGAGUCUGUGGGGCCGGCGCACAGCGAUGGCCGCUUUGAGCUGGUCUUCUCUGGCAGGAAGCUGGCACUGCGGGCCUCCUCCCAGGAUGAAGCUGAGGACUGGCUGGACCGGGUGCGGGAGGCCCUGCAGAAGUGCCGGCCCCAGCAGGAGGAUGAGUGGGUGAACAUCCAGUACCCAGAGCAGCCUGAGGACCCCCCAGACACCCCCCAGGGUGGCCUCCCCUCCCACCCAGACCUGCUCACUGAGCCUGAAACCCUCCAGGGCACACAGUUCUGUUGGUCUUCUGCCCAAGUUCCCGAGCCAGAUGCUAUUAAAGAAUCCCUUCUGUACCUGUACACUGACAGGACUUGGAUGCCCUAUAUUUUCUCCCUAUCCUUGGAGUCUCUGAAAUGCUUCCGAGUGAGAAACAAUGAGAAGAUGUUAAGUGACAGUCAUGGAAUUGAGACCAUCCGAGAUAUCCUGCCAGACACGAGCCUUGGGGGCCCAUCUUGCUUCAAAAUCCUCACGGCCAAGGCUGUCCUGAAGCUGCAGGCUGGGAAUGCUGAGGAGGCCGCUCUAUGGAGGGAGCUGGUGCGCAAGGUCCUGGCGUCCUACUUGGAGACAGCCGAGGAGGCGGUGACACUGGGUGGCAGUCUGGAUGAGAACUGUCAGGAGGUGCUGCAGUUCGCCACGAGGGAGAACGGCUUCCUCCUGCAGUACCUGGUGGCCAUCCCCACGGAGAAAGGCCUUGACUCCCAGGGCUGUUUCUGUGCAGGCUGCUCCCGACAGAUUGGCUUCUCAUUUGUACGACCCAAGCUUUGUGCCUUCUCUGGCCUCUAUUACUGUGACAUCUGCCACCAAGAUGAUGCCUCGGUGAUUCCGGCCAGGAUCAUCCACAACUGGGACCUCACCAAGCGCCCGAUCUGCCGGCAGGCCCUGAAGUUCCUGAUGCAGAUCCGGGCCCAGCCCCUCAUCAACCUGCAGCUGGUGAACGCCUCACUGUAUGAGCAUGUGGAGCAGAUGCGCCUCAUCAGGCGAUGCCGGGAGCAGCUGAAGCUUCUGGGAGAUUACCUGAGCCUGAGCCGAAGCGGAGCUCUGAAAGAGCUGAGCAAGAGGCUCAACCACAGGAAUUACCUCUUGGAGUCUCCCCACAAGUACAGUGUUGCCGACCUCCAGCAGAUCGCGGACGGAGUGUAUGAAGGGUUCCUCAACACCCUGAUUGGAUUUGCCUCCCAGCACGUCUACCACUGUGACCUGUGCACCCAGCGUGGCUUCAUCUGCCAGAUCUGCCAUCACCACGACAUCAUCUUCCCUUUCGAGUUUGACACCACAGCCAGGUGUGGCGAGUGCAAGACCGUCUUCCACCAGAGCUGCCAGGCCGUGGUGAAGAAGGGCUGCCCCCGCUGUGCCCGCCGGCGCAAGUACCAAGAACAGAGCACUCUCACCUAAGUCAGCGAGCUGUCCCCACCAAGGCUGCGGGGUGGGGGCUCGGCUCACCCAUCUCAGCUGGGUUUGGCGUCAGUCCGGAUCCUCUCAAGGUGUCACAGCUGUCUCCCCUGUCACGAAGACUCCGAUGUGACCAGAGCACGAGCCUCCCAGAGGAAGCCCUCGAUGAUGUCACCCAGUCCCUCUACCACCUGUCUGCUCCAGGACAUGGGGACAUCAUCAGAUGCCCCCAUUCCAGGGGAUGCAGGGAGGGGGAACUUUGCACUAAUCAGGCCCCAGCUCACCUCACAGACACGGCACAUCCAUCAGGGCUGCUCAAACACUGUGGAAACAAGACUUGGGCGCAUUCUGAAUUCCACAUUCCUGAUUAAAAGUUCUAGUUUUUUAAGGCAGGUUUUUUUUUCCCCUUCAUAUUUCAACAGAAAAUAUUUUUUUAUUCUUGACCCUACACAAGUCACCCAAGAAAUCCAGGCCUUCUCAUGCUGAGCAAAUGUGUGGGAACACUUGGCCCGCAGGCAGGCAGGCAGGCGGCUGGACAGGCAGGCCACUGCUGGGCCAGAGCCUGCCAGCUGGACUGGGUGCCUUUCCUUCUCCUACACCGGGCGCUCACUGCCCACAGCUCAAGUACGACGUGCCAAACUGCCCGGGGGCUGGUGGGAUGGGUCUCGAUGACUGCCCUCUCCCUCUCCCUCUGUUUGCCCUGGCCUGUCCACCUCACCUGGAAGCCCCAUCACCUUUCUCCAUGUCAGAGCCCCCCUGCUCUCAUGUAGUCGGGGAUCUUGGUCCCUGAGGGAGAAGGGAGAAAUUUGGAACCAGCACUCUCAGCACUUUGAGCCUUUCUUGGCUCAGGGCAGGGUGGUCAUCUUGCCUACCCCUCAGCCCCUCGCCGUCCCAUCCUACCACAGACCCGCAGCCAGAUGGGCCGGGGGCAGAUGCAGACACACUCUUGCCCUAUUCCCCCACCGCAUGACUGAGCCCUGUGGCAACAGAGGCAGGCUCGGCCCACAGAGAGGGCAACGAGCCCAGGCCAGUGGCCAGCCUCGGGCAUCAGGACUGCCAGGCCCGCACUGUGGAGUGGUGACCUCGUCCUUCCACAAAGAGUGCCAGCCCUGCUGCAGAGACGCACAGGGACACGUGGGAGCAGCCACCUGUUGGAAGGACACUGAGCCUCAGUUUACAAAGCCAUGAAUUCACAAAGCUUUGCUGGAUUGGCCAGGAGGGGCCCUACCAGAGACCAGAAAAAGUCAUUGGAGCAUGAUUGCCUUUUCAAGGGGGUCUUGGGGUAGAGCAGGAGCCUGCAAUUGUUUUCAAAGUGACCUUUAGACCCUGGGGUUUGGGGGUUGAUUUCUCUGCUGCCUUCUCCCAUCUUUCCUGGACCCACAGCCCCCACCCCCACCCCACCCCCGGCCCUGGGUCCUCUGGCCAUCCUCUCUGCUCUCAGCUUGAAUUGGGGGCCUCAGGUGGAGAUUGCCUGUCAAGAGCUGAAUCUACUCCCACAUCUCCCUGGGGGUGAUUCGGCUGCUGAGUCACCUGCCCAGCCCUGAGAAGCUGGAUAAAUUGUGCAAUAGAACAGAGUAGGUGGUUGGG